UGUUCUUUAUCCCAGUAGGCUUGGAAAUGAGGUGCUUUAUCAAGAAGAUCACUCAGAAGUGAAUUAAAAUUAAUCUGGUUUUAUCCCCACUCUUAAAAUUAAAAUGCUUUCAAUCUGUUUGAGUAAAUUAUAAAAGAUUAUGGAGCAUAUCCAGACUUUAAGGAUGGACUCUACUCACCAGCUAAACCUUCUGUGAUAUCAGAGCUGAUCUUUUUAAAGCUAAUUGUUCUGGGAUGAUUUUGUUUCUACUCCUCAAUACGCCAGAUGGGCCACAAGUAAAAACGAAUGGGGAUUGAAUGGUUUUGUCUGUUAGCACUUUUUCUGCAUGGAAAAAAUCAAGUGCAAGGAAGUUGCUCUUUGGGAAGUGCAGUGACCUGUGGAGACUGCUUGAAAUCAGGACCACACUGUGCUUGGUGCUCUCAGAAGAAUUUUACAGAUUCACUGGAAGUUUGGGAACGAUGUGACACAAGAGAAGGUCUUUUAUCAAGAGGAUGUUUAUUAGAUAAUAUUGAGUAUACAGUAUCCAAAGUAGAAAUACAUAAAAAUAAACCACUCACUGAAGGUAUCGAAGAAAACAGCUCAUACGUUACACAGAUUGCUCCACAGAAAAUUGUCCUUAAACUGAGGCCAGGAAAUGAUGUGACAUUUCAAGUUAAUGUUCGUCAGACUGAAGAUUAUCCUGUGGAUUUAUAUUACCUAAUGGACCUAUCCGCAUCCAUGGAUGAUGAUCUGAAAACAAUAAAAGAGUUAGGAUCAACUCUUUCUACAGAAAUGUCCAAAUUAACUAGCAACUUUCAACUGGGAUUUGGAUCUUUUGUAGAAAAACCAGUAUCACCCUUCAUCAAAACCACACAGAAGGAAAUUGAAAACCCUUGCCAAAGUGUGCCUAACUACUACUGCUUACCAACUUUUGGAUAUAAACAUGUUUUAUCCUUGACUGACAAUGCAGAGAACUUUAAUCAAAUUGUGAAAACACAAAGAAUAUCAGCAAAUAUCGAUACACCGGAAGGGGGAUUUGAUGCAAUUAUGCAGGCAGCUGUUUGUAAGGAAAAAAUUGGUUGGAGAAAUGGAUCAUUACAUCUGCUGGUUUUUGUGAGUGAUGCUGAUUCUCAUUAUGGUAUGGACAGUAAAGUGGCUGGUAUUGUGAUUCCCAAUGAUGGUCAAUGUCAUCUGGACAGCAACAAUGAAUAUUCCAUGUCUACAGUUCUGGAAUAUCCAACGGUUGGUCAACUCAUAGAGAAGCUUGUGGAAAAUAAUAUUUUACUCCUUUUUGCUGUAACUAAGAAACAGGUUCCUUUAUAUGAGAACUACGCAAAACUGAUUCCUGGAGCUACAGUUGGCCUCCUGGAAGGGAACUCUGGAAAUAUAUUGCAGCUGAUUAUAAAUGCGUACAAAGAACUGAGGUCAGAAAUUGAGCUUGAGGUUUCUGGAGACACAGAGGGACUGAACCUUUCUUUUACCGCACUAUGUAAUAAUGACACCUUCAUUCCAGGAAGCAGAAAAUGUCAGCAUAUUAUGAUUGGAGACACUGUGUCAUUUAAGGUGACAAUAAAUUCAACAUCUUGUGAAAAACAAACAAGACACAUAGUGAUAAAACCUGUGGGCCUUCAAGACAGCUUGGAGAUUGAGAUUCAGUCGGCAUGUGCUUGUCAUUGUCAGACAGCUGCUGAAGUGGACAGCGCUGAGUGCAGUCAGGGGAAUGGCUCUUUGGAGUGUGGUGUUUGCAUUUGCCAUCCGGGCUUCCUUGGCAGACAUUGUGAAUGCAAUGAGAACUCCCUGAACAGCAGCUCCUGUACAGAGCUAGACCCGUGCAGCGGGAGAGGGGAGUGCUACUGCGGACAGUGUAUCUGUAAUCCUUCAGUGUAUGGACGUGUUUAUGGGUCACACUGUGAAUGUGACAAUUUUUCUUGUGUAAGACACAGGGGACUUAUUUGUGGAGGUCACGGAGAUUGCGACUGUGGAGACUGCGUAUGCCACAGUGGAUGGACAGGUGAAUACUGUAACUGUACUACAAAUAUAGACAGCUGCAUAUCAGAAGGGGGAUUAGUCUGCAGUGGAAGAGGUGAAUGUGUCUGCGGGAAAUGUGUCUGCAACAUUCUUGGUGUUUCUGGUGCUACGUGUGAAAGAUGUCCGACGUGCGGCGAUGUCUGCAGCUCAACAAGGGCCUGUGCAGAAUGCUCCCUUCUGUCUGCCAUAGAGAAACAAUCUGGAUGUGCAGAGACUUGUAAACUGGUCGGUGUCACGGUCAGCAAAGAAGAAGAUUUCUCUGAAGAUAAAUCUAUUUUCUGUUCUGUGCAAGGUGAAAAUGAAUGUGCUAUUACAUUUGGGAUGGCAACAGAUGAGCAAGGAAAGAAAGUAAUUCAUAAUGUACGACAAAAAGAUUGCCCACAGCCACCAAACGUUCCCAUGAUUUUGCUGGGCGUGUCAGUUGCUAUUGUUGUGAUUGGUAUUGUUAUUCUCUGUAUAUGGAAGCUGCUGGUAUCUCUGCAUGAUCGCAAGGAAGUUGCCAAAUUUGAAGCUGAAAGGCUGAAAGCCAGAUGGGAUACAGGUACAAACCCACUGUACAGAGGAUCUACCACUACAUUUAAAAAUGUGACCUACAAACUUCCAGAGAAGCAGAAAGAUGGCAUUGCAUGACAAUAUCACAGACACCCAUAAAUCUACUGAACUGUUUUGACAGGUCUAAGCCAUAAUAUCAAAGCCUAUCAUGUGGGUCCCAUUAGUAAUAAGCUUAGUGAUUUUAAUAGACUGUAAAUACAAGGUACAGCCUAUCACUGUGAGAAUGGGCAAGUAGGCGUCCUUUAGACUGGAUUGUGCAAACACUACAACAAAAAACAAAGUUGCUGGAAAUUCAGGGUUAAAACCCUAUGUGUAGGACACAUUUCUGAAUUUAGGUUAUUAUGUGUCAGUUAUGUUUGCUACAUGUUUGCAGUGCAAUAACUGUAGUGGGAAAGUCAAAAUUGCUGUAUUUUUCCUAAAGAUAUAAUUUUAGCUGUACAGGGUGACACUUUAGGACAGGGGUCAUCAACCUUGGCUCUUCAGAGGUUUUGAAACUACAUUUUCCAUAAUGCUAAGCCAGCUUAAAGUGUCUGUGUAUCAUGGGAAAUGUAGUUCCAAAAGCUCUGGAGAGCCAAGGUUGAUAACCCCUGUUUUAGGACAACCAAUAUUUCCUCACAUGUGAAGUACACACUUUUUAAACCCUAUAAUGUUAAGUGCCUAACUACUUCAGUAUGAAUUCAUUUAAUUGCAACCAGACUGUGAACAUAAAAAUGGUACCUGGGAGCCACAAAAUGUUGGUGCAUGGUUAGGGAAUAAUUAUUAGGCCAGGAGGAAUGUCUUUCUGUCCAUUCUGACAGCAAAAUGGUUAACAACAGGCACUUUCAUGUUUCUUUGUUGUGACAUUUCAGUAAUAAAUCCCUAAUAACUGCACAUUCACUUCCCCUAAACUAAUCUGAAAGAAAAUACUCAUAGGAAAUAAUGUCAAACAAUGUUCACCACCAAAUCUUUAGCAAUAGUAGUGUUAUCAAUAAUAAUGGAGUUCAUUCCAUUCCAAUAGAAGAGCAGGUCACUUUAUCACUAUAAUGGCACUAUUAGCACGCUGAAAUAGGUUAAACCUUUUCUUGUUUGAAAUUUCUUUCUUUCUAGGAACAGAUUUCAUUCUAGAUGUAAUCUGCUCACAUGCACCAAAAUUAUGUCUGGGACCUCACGUUGAUCUGAUUAUUAAGGCAAUAUUCUAAUGCUAAAAUGGCACACUAAGGGCUAGAUUACUAGUGGAGCGCAAAUUAAUGCUUCCGCUUGAGCGUUAAUUGCGCUCGUCGGGUUGGGCUCAUAUUAUGAGUUGAAAGUAAACUGUUUUCUCCCUUGUGGUAACCCAAAGAGGACAAAUAUCUGUAAUUCUAAUAUCACGUGUGCGCUCAUGUAUUUCCCAAUAUAAGUCAAGGGAGAAAACAAAGUGGAAUAAAACACCUACUCUUGCGCAAACCUGGUUGCAUAUUCUCCUUUGCGCUAACCCGACAUGAAAAUAUGAAUAUUUCACAUAACAAUGUUCUACACAUAGCAGAAUAUGUACUAUUUAUUUAUAAAUCAAUAUUUCUACACAUAUCUGAUUGUCUUUUGGUAUAAUAUUAAUCUAUACCUAUAUAUAUAUAUAUAUAUAUAUAUAUAUAUAUAUAUAUAUAUAUAUAUAUAUAUAUAUAUAUACAGGGAU